AUCAGUAAUUCCUUUUUCCUUUUUUUAUCACUUUGGUUUUACUCUUGGUUGCUUGUUUCUUCUUUGUUGGCUGCAUUGAUGCCGUGGUUAGGUGGAUAGAUAGGACUUGUUUUUAUUGCUUUCUUUUAUUUUCCUUCUUUUCUUUUCUCUGUUUCUCUCCUCUCUUUUUUCACCCGGGGUUUGAGGCGGAUAAACUGGGGUCUCUUUUGCAUAAUCCAAAUUGCAAACCAAGGCAAAAGUAAGUUGCAAGGGAAAGUGAAGUUAGAAGAUCAGAUGGAAGAGCAAAGUGAUUUUCGGCGUUGGGAUGAACUAAUUCCUGAUGCGCUGGGGCUAAUCUUCAGGAACCUGUCCCUCCAAGAGGUACUAACAGUGAUUCCCAGUGUCUGCAAAUCCUGGAGAAAGGCAGUGACAGGUCCCUACUGUUGGCAAGAGAUAGACGUCGAAGAAUGGAGCAAUCGAUGUCAGCCUGACCAUCUUGAUCGGAUGCUCCGCAUGCUGAUCACAAGAAGCAGUGGAUCUCUCCGCAAGCUAUGUGUUUCAGGCCUUCAGAAUGAUACGGUUUUCUCAUUCAUUACAGAGAAUGCGAGUUCCCUUCGGGCUUUGCGACUGCCAAGGGGUGAAAUGAGUGAUUCAAUAGUUGAACAAACUGCUGGAAGGCUUUCCACAAUCACUUUUUUGGAUUUGAGUUACUGUGGCAAAAUUGGUGCACGUGCUUUAGAGGCCAUUGGAAAGCACUGCAAACUGCUUGUUAGUCUGUGCCGCAACAUGCAUCCACUGGAUACAGCAGGCAAGAUCUCGCAGGAUGAUGAGGCAAAUGCCAUCGCUGCUGCAAUGCCUAGGCUCAAGCGCCUUGAGAUGGCAUAUCAUCUUAUCAGCACAGGAAGUAUUCUGAAGAUCCUUUCUAGCUGCCCUCAGCUUGACUUUUUGGAUUUAAGAGGUUGUUGGGAUGUGAAACUUGAUGCUCAGUUCCUGAAGGAGAAGUUCCCAAAAUUGAAGAUAUUGGGGCCCCUAGUCAUGGACUGUUACGAGAUGGAUGAAUGGGAUGAUUGCUCAGACUACUCUGAUAGUUCUGAGUAUUUGGCUUGGGAGUUCCUAGCUGGUGAAAUGGGUGACUAUGAUGAUUAUGACAUCUAUGACGGAAUGUGGCAUGAUGAGGGGAGGCUGGAGGAACUUGAGCUAAGGUUCUAUGAAGGAAUUGGUGAGGAUGCUGGAAUGUUUGGUUGGCCUCCAUCUCCUUAGCUUCCUCUUUCUUCCAUGCCCUAUCUUUACUAUUGCAUAGAUGCUUCUAAAUUUGAAACCAUGUGUUUCUAUGGAAAUAUAUCUUAUGUUUCAAUGUGAACUUAGAAGUUGUGUGGCUUGCAUCUUUUGAUUUUCUUGAUUAACUAAAGAUUGCCUUGUAUAGUAUAUAUCCUCUGCUGAUAGCAUCAAUCACAGAGAGUUCAUAAUCUGAUUUUAACUGCUGCUAUUUGUCA